AUGAAGUGCCCCAGCUCCCGGCCAACCUUUGACUCCGCUGCUGGUGAGUGCGUCAAGCGGGCCCCCUGCUUGCCUCGCUGCCCUGCCUUCGCUACAAUCAUCGUGUCUCAGAAUGAAACCACGAACCUCACUACACAAGACGACCCAACAACAACGAUAACAGCAGUCACCUCCAUCACGAACACAGCUGAUGCCUUGCCGUCCCUUCCUCCACCGCCGUCCUCUUCGAUAGAUUGCCAGCCAGUCUGCUUAGUUCCCGAUUCCUGGUUGGCAGAUCCAACAGACUGCCGCUACUUCUACGUCUGUCACUUCCUGAGAGAUGUGAUUCCAGAGCCUAAACGCAUUAGAUGCCCAUCAAAUCGACCAGUCUUCGAUCAGACCCUGGGCAGAUGUAGUGCAGGCGGCGUUUGUAAAGUCUUCUGUAAUGAAUCAACUCCUAUUUCUAUCCCUGAUAUGUCGCCAGAACCUUCGUGUCACCCUAAGUGCCUCAUCCCUAACACUAGGGUGCCAGAUCCCUCCGACUGCAAGCACUACUAUGUGUGCAUGCUGAUGGGCACACUCACACCUCAACCCAUCCGCUCCAGGUGCCCCGACGCCAAACCGUUCUUUGACAGCAGCAAGAACAUCUGUGUGGAAAAGACAGAGUGUAAACUGCCUUGUCCUCUGACAGACGCCACCAUUCCCUCUCCACUCGAGAGUCCUGGUGUGGCCAACGACCCGUGCUCCCCUCGCUGUGUGGAGUCGCAGACCAUUGUGCCUGAUCCCCGGGACUGUGGCCACUACUAUGUGUGUGAUGGGUCUCCUAUCACAGCCACCAAAAUGAAGUGUCCCUCCCAUCAGCCGUACUUCGACACCGCCACCACCAGCUGCUCUCAAGUAAACACCUGCAAAAACACCUGCGGCCAAAAUUCUACGGUUACUAGUUCAUCAAGCGUCUCCACUUCACCUUCUGAGACCACGACAACCACCACGACUGUACGACCAGGAUCAUGCAGGCCACGAUGCAGCGCCCACAACACCAUCGUGCACGACCCGCUAGACUGCCACCACUAUUACGUGUGCAUGGUGGUGGACGGCAAGCACCACCUCAGCCGCGUCAAGUGCCCCAAGGAGCGCCCCGUCUUUGACUUGUCAUCCUACAGCUGCCAGAGAACUGCACCCUGCAUCCUUACAUGUGCUGACAAUGUUAUCACGGACCCUCCUACCACAGAUGUAGCUGCUGUCACUAUCCCUCCCAGUAGCACUGCGGCAGGAGGCUCAACCAUUAUUCCAGCCAGCGACCAAAACCCCGGCAUCACACAAGAUUCAGACAGCAGCGUCAUCCAAAGUCCUGGCAGUCCCAUCAACGUUAGCGACACCUCGGGCAGCGCGGCAUGUGAACCUGUGCACUGCUCCAAGGCUGGAGUCCUGCUAGCCGACCUCUCAAACUGUAACCGCUACUAUGCUUGCGUCUAUGUGGACAGUUUAGCACCACGACCCGUUCACGCUACGUGCCCAAAACGCACUCCAAUCUUCCAUUUCAGCAAGAAACGGUGUGUGGCUGAGGCAGAGUGUUACCAGCCUUGUCCCAACCAGAGCGUAGCAGUCACACUUCCCGCCGCUAGCGAUACUUCCGUAACGGCUGGCAACACUCCGUCACCAGAGCAGCCAGCCGUGGAGGUGGACGCGUGUGCGCCGCAGUGUGGGAAGCUGGGAGGGCUGGUUGCUGACCCAAGGGACUGCCGGUUUUACUAUAUAUGUUCAGGCCCGUACAGGAGUCAAGAUCCCGUGCGUGUUCAGUGUCCUUUUGACCGGCCUGUGUUUGACCGCGAAACUUUGCAAUGUAGCGGCGGGGCUACCUGCGCGGCGACCUGCCCCUCCAGCAGCACACCCGGGCAGGAAGGCUCCGACGUGGUUAUCAGCGAAUGUACUCACGCAGGCCACUUCGCCAAGAGCCACACCUGCCAGUCGCUGUACACACACUGUUAUGAAAAGGAUGACAGACUGGUGAAGGCCACCAAGAAAUGCCCUCCAGGCCUCGUUUUUAAUACAGUCUCCACCUAUCCAUACUGCGUUCCUCCCGAAGACUGUCCCUACGACCCAGCCAUCAAAGGUCCCUCCAUCAAUGGCACCACCUGCCGUCACCCAGGCAGCUUCCCUCGCUGUCACACCUGCUGUUCAGACUUCCUGCGGUGCGAGGCCACCGGCGACGAGUUCUGGCCAGUGGAAGCACAGUGCCCCGGAGGUCUGGUGUUCAACACUGACCCUCGCUACCCAGUGUGUGUGCGGCCACAAGAUUGUUCCCGCAACGAGCCAGCCAGCGACCAUUGCGACAAGGAGGGGUACUACCCGGCGUGUCAACAGGGCUGUUGCAAAGACUACUACUUCUGCACAGAUGAUGGUCAUCUCCUGCACCGCUCUUGUCCUCACUCGCUGCUCUUCAACCCAGACUCUUCACAAUGUGUCCUGCCUUGGAAGUGCCCUAACAUUUCCCCGUCAGGUCCCCUUCCGUGACGGGCGGGUUCUCUCUCCACUCGUCUAUUGCCUGCAGUUAUUAUGCGCUGUUGCAUAAGAAAUAUUGGAUGAACUAUUGACAGUUACUUCAUGUGUGUGUUAACUGUACCUUAUAAGGCUUAAAUUAACGGCAUUAUAUUGUUGUUGUUGUUGUUAUUGUUUUCAUGAUGUGAACAUUUUUAAUAAAGUUAAUUUAUUAUUUUGAAA